UUGACGGGCGAUGUGUGACAUUAAAAUAACCUCAAAGUUACUUGAAAUUUAAUAUAGUUCUGUGAUAUUUUUUAUUAUUCUAUGCAAAAUGACUAUUUCAAAUUUAUUCCGUUUCGCCAACGCUUUAAAGAAUGUGAAUAAGUCCAGUGUUUCACAAAUUGAGUUUUACUCAUCACACGUCAAAUUUGCCGAGCACAAGCCUCUAGAGAAGAUCAGGAACAUUGGAAUUUCAGCCCAUAUAGAUUCCGGCAAGACUACACUCACAGAACGAAUAUUGUUCUACACCGGCCGGAUAGAUGCUAUGCACGAGGUAAAAGGUAAAGACAAUGUGGGUGCAACAAUGGACUCCAUGGAGCUUGAACGUCAAAGAGGCAUUACAAUCCAGUCUGCUGCUACUUACACAAUCUGGAAGGAGCAUAACAUCAACAUAAUCGACACUCCUGGCCACGUCGACUUCACCGUUGAAGUUGAAAGAGCCCUUAGAGUUCUAGAUGGCGCUGUGUUAGUGCUCUGUGCAGUCGGUGGAGUUCAGAGUCAAACAUUGACAGUUAACAGGCAAAUGAAACGGUACAGUGUACCUUGUUUGGCAUUUAUUAAUAAACUAGAUCGGCAAGGGGCUAAUCCUGUAAGAGUAUUAAAACAAAUGCGAUCUAAAAUGCACCACAAUGCAGCAUUUCUUCAGUUACCAAUCGGUUUAGAAAAGGACUGCCAAGGGAUUCUAGACCUUGUUGAAGAGAGAGCCAUAUACUUUGACGGUGAUUAUGGAGAGAAAGUAAGGUUGGAUGAGGUCCCUAAAGACAGGAGAGCUGAGGUCCAAGAAAGGAGGCAUGAGUUGAUUGAGCAUCUGUCCAACGUUGAUGAGCCUUUAGGUGAGCUAUUCCUUGAAGAGAAAACCCCAACCGUAACAGACAUCAAACAAGCUAUACGAAGGACAACUCUGAAGCGUGCUUUCACACCGGUACUAGUAGGCACCGCUCUUAAAAACCGAGGAGUCCAACCACUAUUAGACGCUGUAUUACAAUACCUCCCACACCCCGGAGAAGUGGAGAACACAGCUAUAGUUAAUGAGAAAAAAGGUACCGAGGGAGAGAAUAUAGUACUAAACCCGGCGAGAGAUGGAAAGGAUGCGUUCGUUGGGUUAGCAUUCAAAUUGGAAGUAAGCAAGUUUGGACAGCUGACAUAUCUGAGAUGUUACCAGGGUAUAUUAAAACGAGGAGACAAUAUUUUCAAUGCUAGGACUGGCAAAAAGGUAAAAGUAUCCCGUCUCGUCCGCAUGCACUCGAACAACAUGGAAGAAGUGAACGAGGUGCUUGCAGGCGAUAUAUUCGCACUGUUCGGCGUAGAUUGCGCGUCUGGUGACACAUUCGUCAACGACGGCAAGCUCAACUUGUCUAUGGAAUCCAUACACGUGCCGGACCCCGUCGUUUCUAUGUCGAUAAAACCGAAGAAUAAUAAGGAUCGAGAUAAUUUCUCCAAAGCUGUUGCUAGGUUCACCAAAGAAGACCCGACAUUCCAGUUCCGCUACGACAGCGAUAGUAAAGAGACCAUCGUGUCUGGCAUGGGCGAGUUACACCUCGAGAUCUACGCGCAGAGAAUGGAGAGAGAGUACAACUGCCCCGUCGACCUUGGCAAGCCCAAGGUGGCCUUCAGAGAAACGAUGAUGUCUCCGUGUUCGUUCGACUAUCUCCACAAGAAGCAGUCUGGGGGCGCCGGGCAGUUCGCUCGAGUCUCCGGCGUUAUGGAGCCACUGCCGCCGCAGCAGAAUACUUUGUUAGAAUUCGUAGACGAGACAAUGGGUACUAACGUCCCGAAGCAGUUCGUGCCGGGAGUAGAGCGCGGGUUCCUGGACACGUGUCAGAAGGGCUACCUCUCCGGGCACAAGAUAUCCGGGGUAAAGUUCAGGCUGCAGGACGGUGCCCAUCAUAUCGUGGAUUCCAGUGAAUUGGCCUUCUUCUUGGCUGCUAAGGGCGCUGUUAAGGACGUAUUCGAAGACGGCGCAUGGCAGAUUCUGGAGCCGAUCAUGUUCGUAGAAGCGACGAUGCCAGAUGAGUUCCACGGGACUGUGAUCGGACAGCUCAACAAGCGAGGAGGCAUCAUUACCGGGACAGAAGGCGCCGAGGGGUGGACCACUGUGUACGCUGAAGUACCACUGAACAAUAUGUUUGGAUACGCUGGGGAACUCAGGUCCGUGACACAAGGCAAAGGCGAAUUCAGCAUGGAAUACAGCAGAUACUCUCCGUGUCUACCAGAUGUACAGGAGCAACUUAUUAGGAAAUACCAAGAGGAAAUGGGCAUCCUACCGGACCAAAAGAAGAAGAAAAACUGACCGCCUUAUAGACAAUUUUAGACUAAUUUUAUUUAUACUGUAAUUAAUUUACAAUAAGCAUAUUAAUAAAAAUAUUGGUAAACAAUUAA